AUGUCCGACAAGAAACCGUGCCCCGCGUAUCCGGUAAGGGGCCUAAUAAUCUCCGGAGACCCUACCCCCACGGCGAAGGCGACAGGCUGUGGAGAGUCGAGUGCUACUGGCACCCAGGUUAGUCCGGCGGAGACACCGGGUCGGGCUAGUCUGAAUGCUACCGGCGCCAAACCCAAAACAAAAGCGUCUGCGGAUUUAGGGAAGCCUGGAUCCUGCAGUCGCAAAACAAUAACAGCAUCUGGCUCCAAAGCUGGAUGCAGCAAAAUAAGCAGCGAGGCACCUCUGGACGUCACCCCAAGUACCUCAAAGGCAGCUCAGGUCCGUAUUGGCAAAAUGCCGAUAAAACCCCCUGUUUCGGGGACUACUAAGGCCACCAAAACCAAGGUAGCAACCCCAGUGCCGGUUAUGCACGAGGGAACUGCGAACAAGAUUUCGGGUUCUCAAACGGCAUCUCCCAAUGCCAACACGGCGAAUAGUAAGACCCCCAGGCACGUAACACCAGCAAGAAGGGCCUUCCUACAACGGCGCUCCGCCGCCAAAAUUCUAGCGCGCUUAGCUGGCAAGCCAGUUGAGUCGCUAAGUAAAGAGGACAAGUCCUCUCUAGAAUGGGCUAAGGGAAAAUUGGCCGUUCUGGAGAAGAGUCCCCCCCUCACGUCUAAGGACGCGCCUAAACGGCAACGUUCUGAGGAGGAGACUAAUCUUCAGGGCCAGCAGCCCGGGACAAAACGUCCGAAACCGUUGCCCCCCAAGCCGCAUGACAGGACCUCCGGUGAAGUGGUUGAGAACCAAUUCACGCGUGCUGUCAUCGACAGGGGUGACAUAGAUGGCGCUAUGUCUCCAUCCAGAUGGGACAUAGUGCGAAAAAAGCUGAUGGGGGUGUUCUGGGAAGUUCUUAAACAGAACCCUGGUCCCCCCCCACAGUGUGAGGACGGCGGUUGGUUUCACAACAGAGUGAAGCUAAUGGCCUGUUCCAACGAGCGCUCAGCUUUGCUCCUGAAGCAGGCUGUGUCGCUGAUAAAGGAUCCGUGGGAAGGUGCUAAGCUGGAAGUGGUCUCUGUGGACGAGAUCCCACGAAGGCCUAGAUCCACCGCCAUAAUUCCUGCGGAACCACAUAAAAAGGCAGCGAUACUGGAGCUUCUACAGGUUGGCAAUCCGGAUCUUCCAACUCAAGAUUGGAAGGUCGUCAGGGUUUCUCAACCCGUAGGAAGCUCCAGAAGGAUUGUUGUGAUCCUGAACCAGGAGUCUUUGGCGCCGCUUCGCGAGAAACAAGGGAAGGUCUACUACGGCUUCGAGUCGAUCUUCCUCCGUGUCUACCGAGGCGAUGACAAGGGACUAUUGGAACAGGAUGAUCCCGAUCCUGACCAAUCCGCUGCGGAUAUGUCUUGCGACGAGACUGACCUUUCGCUGAGUCAAUCAACUUCUAAGUUGGUUAAGGAGGGGGAAGAGUCAGUUGACGAGGACGAUCUCCUUGCCUCUGACAAGGAGGACGCCAACGUCACAGUGUUGCGUAAAGACAAAAAAGGAGAUGGUGAGAGUAACCCAAAUUAAUCUCCACCACUCCAAAGCAGCCUCGGCUGCACUGCUCCUCCGAAUGGGUGUAAGUGGGGAGGAGCUCGCCCUAGUCCAGGAACCCUGGAUUCACCAAGAAAGGGUGAGUGGACUAGGCAUGAAAAGCUUUAAGCUAUUGUACGCAAAAGGAUCUGUGAUGAAGACACCGUAGCAGCCAUAUGGGAGACCAGUGUAGGUGCUAUAUUGGUUAUCUCGGCGUACAUGGCUCACGACCACAGCGACCAGCCACCGAACAACCUGGUCUGCAGAUCCAUAGAGAUGGCAAACUCGAAAAGCAUGCCGAU